AUGACUGACAUUCAUCCAUUUAAUAUCUCAGUCCCUCAGGACAAGAUUAACACCCUUCAAACAAAACUUUCAUUAGCUACUUUCCCCGACGAACUACCUUCCGAAUCAACCUCACGAUGGGAUCAAGGACCCCCAUUAUCCGAAAUCCAAAGAUUGGCUGAGAAGUGGAAGACUUGGGAUUGGAGAAGUGUAGAAAACUCACCCAACGAGUACCCGCAAUUUACAACCAAAUUGAUGAACAAGGAAAGUCCUGUCGAAAAUGCCAUUCCAUUAUUAUUUGUCCGGCCCGGUUCCUAUCUCGAGGUCCUCAAGAUUCUCCCCCACUUGCAAAGCCCCGCCUCCACAUCUUCCCCACACCCCAGUUUCCACAUUAUUGCCACAUCUCUCCCAAAUUUCGGAUUUAGCUCCGGUGUCAAAAAGAGAGGCUUCGCAAUGGCUCAGUAUGGAGAAACUCUCAAUAAGCUCAUGAUAAAACUUGGGUACGAUGAAUAUGUAACCCAAGCCGGAGACUGGGGUUUUUGGAUCACCAGAGCGAUAGGAAAAUUGUACCCGAAACACUGCAAAGCCAGUCAUCUCAAUAUGAUACAUGCGCAGCCUCCUACGCUAUUUAGUAAUCCAAUUGAAAAGAUUGGAGAUAUGUUUAUGCCCUACAGCAAGCUGGAAAAGAGAACUGUUGAGAGGCGAAAAUGGUCUCAGGCUGAGAGUAGAGGUAUAGCUCCUUGUUGCUUGACAGUCGACAAUGUACUCCAAUCCACCAAGCCCCAAACCCUAGCAUAUGGACUAGCCGAUUCCCCAGUCGCGCUUUUGGGCUGGAUAUACGAGAAACUGCACGAUUGGUCUGAUGAGUAUCCAUGGUCAGAUGACGAAAUUCUAACCUGGGUGAGUAUAUACUACUUUAGCACCGCAGGGCCAGGAGCUGCGCAAAGAAUCUACUAUGAAACUAUGCACACGUCAGAAGAUGAGGAAUGUACGACAGCAGAUGUGAAAUUGGGUCUGGCAUACAAUCCAAAGGAUUUGGAAAAUGUUCCAAAGCGAUGGGGAAGGACGCUUGGACAUGUGGUGUAUGAAGUUGAGAAUGAUAGUGGAGGACAUUUUAAUUCUCAUGAGAAACCGGAUCUCUUGGUGCGAGAUUUGAGAGCUAUGUUUGGGAAGGGAGGAGGAGCGUUCAGUAUAGUGAAGGGUAGGAAUGGAUAUGAAUAAAUAUAUCAAUAGAAUGUCUUUGAAGGGACAGUCAAUGAAGAGAUAUUGGAAUUCUGAAUAGGUUCAACAUCUGAGCCGCUCAUAAGCUCAAGCACAUCGGGGGUUGAUCACGUGGAUGUUUCAUCAAGAUAAAGGGGCUUAAAACAUUGUUUUCAUUGACAUC